AUGCCUCGGCUCCUGAGAAGUGUCCUCUGUGUAAUCGAGACAUUCCACAAGUAUGCCAGGGAGGAUGGCAACGGGGUGACACUGACCUGCAGAGAGCUGAAACAACUCCUCCAGGGCGAGUUUGGGGACAUCCUUCAGCCACAUGUCAUUCAUGCUAUGGAGAAAAACGUGAACCUUCUGGAUAUUGGCAGUGACGGCACCAUCAGUUUUGAUGAAUUUGUCCUUGCAACCUGUAACUUGUUGAACCACUGUUAUCUUGACAUACAAUCAUUAAAUUCAGAGCCAAGACAGGUAUCUAAACCAGAGAGGAAAAACCCAGAUGAUGUGGAUCCUCAGGCAACCAUCAGAAACGUUCAGCUAACAGAGGAAACUCCACCUACUCAAGAUAAAGUGGUGCUUCCUUCAGGAAUGGCACAAUCAUCUCAGCUCAACCCUGAAGAAAAGAAACGGGUUGAACACAAUAGGGUGGACCCACAGGAAGACUUCAAGACUCAUAACCUGCCAAGAGAAGCAUCAGAGCACAAUGACUCUGAGAACCAACACCUGGAAGGAGAUGAACAGAUCCAGGAAGUGGCCCAGGAUGUACAAGCAGCAGGAGACAAUGGGGCCCAACUUGAGCCAAACAAGGCAAUGACAACAUCAGAAGAGACCAGCAGUCCCACAAAGGGGGAGGGACAGGAUAAGGAGAUUCCCAGGGAGGCAGAAAAACCAGCCUGGGAACAAAAAGGCACCAAAACAAGAGCCCAGUUGGGACAACAAGGAGGGAACUUGGGAACCCAAAGUUCUCCAGCAGAAGAAACAGUACAGAGGCCAUAUGAAGAUCAUAAAGUUGCAACAGAAAAGAGUGUUCAAGAACAUUCUAAAAUACGGCCAUCCCUGCAAGCAGAAAACGAGUCCAGUUCAGAGCAUGCUGACCUGCCAGAACAAGCUGCUGAAGGUAAACCAUCUCAGACGCAGAAAUUAACUGAUCCUGAGGAUGACGGUAGAACACCUGAGACUUAAGAACCCGGAAAAGAUGCUGAUAGGACACCCCUAGAGACAAAGAAUUCAGCUGGGCCUGGUGAUGAUGGUAGAACAUCUGAGACCCAAGAACCACCAGCACAAGAAAAAGAACGAGAAACAACAGACAUACCAGUCCAAGGUGAUAGCAGACGUAUUUCAGAAACACGUGAUGUUAGGACUGGAAGGAAACUGGGGAGAGGCCCUGAGACCCAUGGAACAACAGAGUGGAAGGAGAGAAAAACUCAGACACCAGCCUUGGAAGUCCAAACGCAGGAUGGGAAGUAUCAGAAACUCCAGGGACCAUCAAAAGAAAGGGAUGCUGCAAAAGGGUCUGAGACACAAGAUCUAGGCUCAGAAGGAACAGAUCAGAGUCAUCCUGAAACUGAAGGAGCAGCAGCCCCAGGAGAAGACAUACAAUACACUGAGAAAGGCACAGCAGAAGUACUUGUGGGCAGCAAAAACGCCCCUGUGGCAGAAGGGACAGCAGGAGCAAGGGAAAGAACACAGGAGUCAGCACCACUUGAAAGCCAGUCUGGAGGGAAAAAGAGGAGGAUCACUAAGACUGAAGACAAGCCAGUCAAGGAGGAUGACAGCUACCAGGGGGAAGACCCUGCGCCACCAACCACACAGAAUGAUGAAGGGUCCUCUAAAACUCCCAACAGCCUUGCUCCAGAGGAAGGUGACAGCAGCUUAGAGACAGGUGACCUGCCUGUACAAGGGGAUCCCCAGAGUCAGGUAGACCCACAGGGAGAGUCUACGCAAGGAGGCUGCAAUAAUGACUUGGAUGCCCCGAAGCAGGCAGCAUCAGCUGAGAAAUACAGAGCUCAGGAGGCAGCGGUGCUGCCAGUCAGAGGAAAGGCUGAGCAGCUCACAGACGAACAGGAACUCCCCAGAGGAGAACACAAGAGUCAGGACUCAGGAACCAAAGGGCCAGGCCCAGCUGUGGAGCUUAAUGGACACCCAGAGGCACAGCAGUCCACGGCAGGAGGUGAUAAUGGAAAGUCUGUGGAGACCGAGAUCCCAGGAGCGCUGGUUGCAGACUACGAUGACCAACCUUCUGUAAUGCAACAACCUGCAAAGGGAGACGGCAGGAAAAAACUGAAGGUCCAAGGCCCAGGUACCAAAGAAGAAGAAGGUGGAGGACCAGAGACCCAGGAGACUCCAUUAAAAAGUCUGGAUGAGGACACCUCAGCCUCCCCUGAGACACACCCUGAGGAACCUGCAACAUGGAAGGAGGAGGAAGAAAAUCCCCAGGAGCUGGCAGAAGGUGAUGACCAGCAACAUCACAAGAGAGGGGGCUAUUCUUCAGUCCCCCAGCUAGGCCUUGAAGAGAGAAUGCAGAGGGACCAACAGCCCUGUUCUGUGGAGAAGGGUUCAGUCCAUCCCAGCCCACUGUAUAUGUAUCUGCAGGAGAAGAUUCCACAGCAAAUAGACAUAGCCCACCAGGAGCCUCAAAACCAAGCUCAGCUAGUCCAGGCAUCAGGCCCAGAGCUCAGCACUAACCAGUCAAGGGCAUCCCUCACCAGCGAGAUCUCCAACUGUCUUACCAUUUUUUACCACAGCCAAGCAUUACGACAGUACACCAGGGAACUCUCACCUGAUGAGGCUCCUGCUGACCCAUAGCAGACGUCAGCUCCCCAGGCCCUGGAAGACAAGCAGGGUCACCCUCAAAGAGAGGAACCAGUACCACAAAGGGAAGCAAGCACCACAAAGCAAUGA